UACUUUGAUGCCAUACCAUACGUCAAAGUGACGUGACGUCGGCGCUGUCUCAAGUCGGAUACAAUUUGUAAAAACUUGCAUGCAGCAGGCACAACUUCAAGUCAGCCGCCGAUCGGUCUGAGCAGCGCUGCAUGAAGUCGAACACACCUCUGGACAUCCGCAAACUUCAGGAUUUCUCACGAUUGUUGGGAUCUGCAGCCAUGCACAGCGAGAUUUCAUAUGAUGUGCAGCAAAUGCAUAAGGAGACUUUGAGAAGCUCUGUGCUGAACUCAACUCUACCCAAUUCUCUUUUGGGAGGUCAGCCUGUGGGAAAGGUGAUUCAGAGAGGCCACUACACGCCCCUCUCAGUGAAUGCAUAUGACGGCGACCGUGCACGGGUUAAUAAAGCAGACUGGGAAGCUUUAGAGGAUGUCAUAUCUCGAGAGUUUCCUCCAGGAUCUGAAGGCCGACGACUGGUUCUGUAUGGUGGUGUUGGAAUGGGUAAGACUACCGCGGUAGAGAAGGUCAUUUGGGAUUGGACGGCAGGUACACGACUGCAACAUUAUACGCUCCUCAUGCGAGUGCCUGUUUGGGAGCUGGCGACUCUUGAGGCGAAAGCAGAGAGUUUGCAAAGCAUGUUGGGCCGCAUAUACACUCACAUCUCCACAGAGAUUCUCAGCGAUGCUCUACGGCGGCCUCAGUCGUUGCUUCUUGUGCUUGAUGGACUGGAGCAGUUGCAGCACCUUCUAUGCACGCCAUCAUCCUCAUCCAUAUGUGACGUACAAGAAGAAGCGACCGGCUCUGUUUUGCUACAUAGUCUACUUCACGGAUCUCUGCUUGCUGAAGCUUCGAUGCUGAUCACGUCCCGAGAGCCAGUCCAGUCUUUAAGAUGCUUUGAGGUGGUUGGGUUCUCCCAGACCCAGAGGAGAACGUUUUUCCAGCAGUUCUUUAGCGAAGGAGGCCAAGCAGAGAGACUUUUUCGCCAAUGUGAGCAGGUGUUGGGAGUGUACGAGCAGUGUUUUCGUCCGGCCUUCUGCUGGACGCUUUGCAAUGUGUUUAAAACUCAGUUAGAGAGUAAAAACACCCCACCUGAGACUCUUACUCACCUGCUCUGCAUUAUUACACACAUGCUCUUGCAGAACCAGAAAAUGCAUGCAGAACAAACCAGAGCACUUUUGACCAGUUUGGGAAAACUUCCUGACCAGUCUGGUCUGGGAUCUUUUCUCCACCACCCUGUGCUUUCUGCUUUCUUGUGCAUCAGUGGUGAUGUCGCUUCCCCUGAUACCACCUUCUCCUUCCUGUCUCCAGUGAUGCAAGAGUUCUUAUUGGCCGCCUCUUUUUAUCUCGACCAAUCCGUGCUGGAGAUCUCAGACAAGCGCUCGGACCUCUACUACACAUUUCUAGCAGGGCUGUCGGACUCAGUCCAGUGUAAACCGAUAGAAGACUAUGUGGGAAAGUUCGAUGAAAGCCGAAUGUCUGUGUUCUCUCAGUGGUUGGUGGGACAUGCUUCUAGGGUGUUGCAAGAUGGUGAUGUAACGAAGCACUACUGUGUUUUUCGGCUUCUGCAACAUGCACGCAACUCAUCUCUGGUCAAAGAAAGCAUUAGUAAGAGCCUGUUGAAAGCUUGGUGCUAUCGCUCCAUGCAGGAGCCCGACUGCGCUGCGCUGUCAUAUGUAGUGAGCUGCGUGGGAGAAAUGGAGGACAUGAACCUGUACAGAGCAGAUCUAACAAGCGAACAGGCCGAGAAACUUAUACCAGCAUUACGGCUGUCGAAAAGCAUUGGUCUGUCGCAGAGUUGUCUCAGUUUGGCCGCCGUCACUCACCUGUCAACAGCGCUGGCUGAUGGACGGACGGUAACGCUGGAUCUUUCACACUCCAGAUUGGAAAAAGAGUCGGUCAAAACCCUCUUCCAUGCUCUCUCACGCUCCGCGCUGGAGUCACUCAACUUGUGUGGAUGUUCACUGGCUCCAGCUGAUUGCGAAGCUCUGGCUCAGAUGCUCUCUGGAGGCUCACGACUGCGUGUGCUCAGUCUGCGUGGGACUGAUGUGGAAGAUCAAGGCUUUAUUCAUCUCAGCAGUGCACUGGAGAACUGCAGACUACUGGAAAUCGAUCUGUCUUUGUGUUCACUGACGGCGGCAUCCAUUCCUGCGCUGUCUUCAGCUCUGAACAGCGGCUUUUCAGAGCUGAGGAAGCUAAACCUGAACCAGAACACAGUGACGGAUGAUGGGAUGGAGCUGAUCUCACAAGUUUUGACGAAAGGCCGCCUCAACUCAUUGAAUGUGUCUGACUGUGAGUUGACUGGCUCCUGCUGCUCUUCUCUGGCAGCUGCCCUCCAAUCAGAAAACUGCCGUCUGUCUGAGCUGAAUCUGUCCAUAAAUGAACUCGGCCAAUCAGGAGCGCUGCAGAUAUGUGAAGCACUGAUGUCUCCUAAAUGCACACUGGAAAUAUUGGAAAUGAGCAGAUGUGAGCUGACUGAGGAGGUGUUUCGAGCACUGAGGAGUGUUUUGACGUCUGGCGUGUCAAAGCUCAUCAGGCUCUCGUUAGGAGUGAACAGCGUAGGCGAUGCUGGAGCCAAACACAUUUGGGAGGCGCUGAGACACAAACACUGCAAACUACAGUACCUGGAUCUGGAUAUGGUGUCGCUCACAGAUGCUUGUGUCGAGGACUUGUGUGAAUCUGUUGCUGCCAGUAGCACUUUAUCGACUCUCAUCCUGAAGAACAAUGUAAUGACGGAUUCCUCCGUACCACGAUUGGUCAAAUUAAUGCUGGAUCGUCCACAAAUGGCCGAGCUAAAUCUGCAGUAUAAUGACUUCAGUGAAGAUGUUUUUGAGCUGAUGGACACGUGCCAAAAUAUUGUUUAUUAGAGAAACACAUCUCAGGUUCGAUCACCUGCAUAUUUAUCUGCAUAAAAAAAAUUGUUUUUAUAAAUUUACUACCAGUCAAAAGUUUUUGAACAGUAAGAUUUUUAAUGUUUUUUAAAUAAGUCUCUUUUGCUCCCUAAGCCUGCAAUUAUUUGAUCAGCAGUGCAGCAAAAACAGUAACAUUUUGAAAUAUUUUUUAAGGCUGUUGACUUUUGUUAAGUGUAAAAUUAAUGUGCUUUUAUUAAUGCAUAUUCUAUUUUAUUUUAUUCUUCAAGACCAAAAGACAAAAUGACUCCCUCUAGUUUUUACAGACAGUUUUAUACAGUGACACAUUGCUUCUUUAACCAAGUAUUAUAAAAUAGUAUUUAUAUAGGAAAUAUGUGACCUUGGACCACAAAAACAGUCUUAAGUAUCACGGGUAUAUUUGUAGCAAUAACCAAAAAUACAUUGUAUGGGUCAGAAUUAUAGAUUGUUCUUUUAUACCAAAAAUCAUUAGAAUAUUAAGUAAAGAUCAUGUUCCAUGAAGACAUUUUGUAAAUUGCUAAGCAUUGAUAAGAACUUCAUUUGGACAACUUUAAAGGAGAUUUUCUCAAUAUUUCGAUUUUUUUUGCACCCUUAUACUGCCAAAUACUGUCCUAUCCUAACAAAUCCACACAUCAAUGGAAAGCUUAUUUAUUCAUCUUUCAGAUGAUAUAUAAAUCUCAAUUUUAAUAAAAUGGACCCUUUUGUUUUUGCCCCCAUUUUUCAUGAGCUGAACUCAAAGAUCUAAGACUUUUUCUAUGUACACAAAAGGCCUGUUUCUCUGUUCACAAAUCUGUCUAAAUCUGUGUUAGUGAGCACUUCUCCUUUGCUGAGAUAAUCCAUCCACCUCACAGGUGUGGCUUAUCAAGAUGCUGAUUAGACAGCAUGAUUAUUGCACAGGUGUGUCCUAGGCUGGCCACAAUAAAAGGCCACUCUAAAAUGUGCAGUUUUAUCACACAGCACAAUGCCACGGAUGUGGCAAGUUUUGAGGGAGCGUGCAAUUGUCAUGCUGACUGCAGGAAUGUCCACCAGAGCUGUUGCCCGUGAAUUAAAUGUUCAUUUCUCUACCAUAAGCCGUCUCCAAAGGCGUUUCAGAGAAUUUGACAGUACAUCCAACCGGCCUCACAACCGCAAACCACGUGUAACCACACCAGCCCAGGAACUCCAGGUCCAGCAUCUUCACCUCCAAGAUCGUCUGAGACCAGCCACCCGGACAGCUGCUGCAACGAUUGGUUUGCAUAACCAAAGAAUUUCUGCACAAACUGUCAGAAACCGUCUCAGGGAAGCUCAUCUGCAUGCUCGUCUUCCUCAUCGGGGUCUCGACCUGACUGCAGUUUGUUGUCAUAACUGACUUGAGUGAGCAAAUGCUCACAUUUAAUUGCAUCUAGCACUUUGGAGAGGUGUUUUCUUCACGGAUGAACCCUGGUUUUCACUGUAAAGGGCAGAUGGCAGAAAUUGUGUAUGGCGUUGUGUGGGUGAGCGGUUUGCUGAUGUCAGCGUUGUGGAUCAAGUGGCCCAUGGUGGCGGUGGGGUUAUGGUAUGGGCAGGCGUAUGUUAUGGACAACGAACACAGGUGCAUUUUAUUGAUAGCAUUUUGAAUGCACAGAGACACCGUGACGAGCAUCGACUAUUACCUCGUUGCAGCAUGAUAAUGUACGGCCCCAUGUUGCAAGGAUCUGUACACAAUUCCUGGAGGCUGAAAACAUCCCAGUUCUUGCAUGGCCAGCAUACUCACCGGACAUGUCACCCAUUGAGCAUGUUUGGGAUGCUCUGGAUCGGCGUAUAUGACAGCGUGUUCCAGUUCCUGCCAAUAUCCAGCAACUUCGCACAGCCAUUGAAGAGGAGUGGACCAACAUUCCACAGACCACAAUCAACAACCUGAUCAACUCUGUGCGAAGGAGAUGUGUUGCACCGCAUGAGGCAAAUGGUGAUGAUACUGACUGGUUUUCGGACCCCCCCGGGACCCCCCAAUACAGUAAAACUUCACAUUUUAGAGUGCCCUUUUAUUGUGGCCAGCCUAAGGCACACCUGUACAAUAAUCAUGCUGUCUAAUCAGCAUCUUGAUACGCCACACCUGUGAGGUUUAGCUCAGGAAAAAUGGGGGAAAAAACAAAAGUGUUGCAUUUAUAAUUUUGGUCAGUGUAUAUAAAAAAAGCUUGAAAACAAUAGAUAUAAUGUUCAAAUUUAAGAUUAAAAAGUAGGUUCUUUCUGGUUGUGAAGAAUCAAUUACUUCAUUUUAAAUUGUGCCUUAAUUGUUCAAAUUUUUUGGGGCCACUGUAAAUCAUUCAGACUGUCAUGUCUGCUUCUUACGCAUACUGUACAUUCCUAAAAAUACUAUUUAUUCCACCAAAUGACUGUCUGAAAGAACUAGACAGCUUGAGCUCACAGACACAGUGAUUUAUUUCACAGUAUAUAUUGAGUACAUUCAUUUCAGUGUGAUUUUGAGAACGAUUCACUCACUUUAGUGGCACUUAAAGAGGAGCGCUCUGUCUGACAUUUGAGGCUUUUCUGCAGAAUAAA